AUGUCAUUAGCACAAACAAGAUUAACAGAAGAAAGAAAAGCAUUUCGAAAAGAUCACCCAGUGGGUUUUCAUGCUAGACCAGUAACAAAUGCAGAUGAUACAUUAAAUUUAUUAAAAUGGACUUGUGGAGUUCCAGGAAAAGUAGGUACACCAUGGGAAGGAGGUAUUUAUGAUGUAACAAUAACAUUUAAAGAUGAUUAUCCAAGUAGACCACCAGUAUGUUCAUUUCCAAAAGGAUUCUUUCACUUAAAUUGUUUUCCAAGUGGUGAUAUUUGUUUAUCAAUUCUUAAUAAUGAAUGGAAACCAUCAAUCUCUAUAAAAAAUAUUUUAUUAGGUAUACAAGAAUUAUUAGAUAGUCCAAAUCCAGAUAGUGCUGCAAAUAGUGAAGCUUAUUCAUUAUGGAAGAAAGAUAAAGCAGGUUAUUUAAAGAGAAUAAAAGAUCAAGCUAAAUUGUAUGAUGCUCAAAGACUAUUGGAAUGA